CCUCUGCCUCCCGGGUUCAAGUGAUUUUCCUGCCUCAGCCUCCUGAGUACCUGGAAGACUACAGGCACGUGCCUAGGAAGCUUGGCUUAUAAUGAAGGAAGAGGAAAUCCAAGUCAUUGGUGUUAUGGAGAAUGGGAAGGACUGCGGGGCGGGGGAGGCGAUGUUGGCCAGGGGCCUGAGGACCAGUUGGGUAGGAGAGAGCUGACUGCUCCAGUGGCCAGGGUCAUAGUUUGUCUCUUUAGUCUAUCCCACCAUGAGAUCAAAAAAGGUGGUUAGGAAGUGACUGUUACUAGAGGGCAGAGGAAAAAGUUCCAGCGCCAGUGAGGAAGAAGUAGGUGGUGUCGGCAGGACCCUGUGUGAGCUUACAGCCGCCCUUCCUCUCCUCAGUUAUUUUUGGUCUCUGUGACCUGUAGGUUUCCUGUUAGUGGGAACAGAAGGACAGGAACGACUUCCCACUACAGAAAUGAACGCUGGGAGUCCAACUGAUUCCCCUUCUCUCUUCCCUUAGCCUUUGAACUUCUCAGGGACCCAGGCCUCUAGAUCCGCCUGGACAGGGCUGCGCGUUAGUAGCUUCAGGCGCUCGGACAGAUACUCCGUUUGAGUCUCAUCUCAUAACCCCUCCCCUACCCCCAACAGGGCCUUGCAAUUCAGGAACACCUCAUUAAAGCAAGACAGUGCGUUCCUCUCCAGAAGCGGUUUACCCACCACUAACCCUUCCGUGUGGUCUGAGUGCUGAAAUGAGGAUUAGUUGGCUCGCUAGGGGAAGAGGAGACGGAAGCACCCCGGGAGCUUCCUGGCAGUCCCCGCGUCACGUGGGGCCCAAUCUAGUCUGCCUCCUAACUCCCCUUCUUACGCAUGCGCCCUUUCACUGCGCGGGUCCCAACAAAGCCUAAAUCCCGCCCUGCCCGGGAGCCCGCGUCCUGAUUGGCUAGCUCUGGACCUGGAUGUUGGCCUGUGUGGCCCGGCGCCGACACCCCAGAGAUAAAAUAGAUCUUCCACAUGGAGACCGGCGCGCCCCAGGGGUGUGGCCCAAAUGCAGUUCUGCCCUCUGGCUCCCAGCCAAACAUUGAGCCGGGAUCGAUCCGGCCCCAGCCUGGACUAGCUCAGCUCCGAGGCUGAGGAACCACGCCCCCGGGAGCCUACGGCCUAUCCAGCGCGGGCCUGGUCUUCAGUCGUACAUCGCCCCCAUUUGGGAAAAGGUGCAUGGGCCUCUCGCCGCCUCGUCGGGUCCUUCCUCUCUACCCGCCUUUCCACACCCUCUCGGCCCCGAGCCACCUGGCUGCGUGGGUGGGUGUGCAGAGGUGCGGCGUCCAGAACCCGGCUCCCGCAGAGGCUCUGGGUAGCAAGCAGCCCUGUUACCGCCCAGAUGGUGCGUGAGGCGGAGCCCCCCGACGGGGGCUGGGGCUGGAUGGUGGUGCUCUCGGCAUUUUUCCAGUCGGCGCUGGUGUUCGGCGUGCUCCGCUCCUUUGGGGUCUUCUUCGUGGAGUUUGUGGCGGCGUUUGAGGAGCAAGCAUCGCGCGUCUCCUGGAUCGCCUCCAUAGGAAUCGCGGUGCAGCAAUUUGGGAGUGAGUGCUGUGCCUGGAUCUGGCGGACUUCGACCCUCGGAAGGGAGAGGGAAUGCGGUGACCGGAAAGGGGAAGGCGAGGGGUGGGAGAUGCAAGCGGGGAGACGCCCGAGAUCUUCUCGCAGCGCCCCUUCCACUUCCUCAGGCCCGGUAGGCAGUGCCCUGAGCACGAAGUUUGGGCCCAGACCGGUGGUGAUGACUGGAGGCGUCUUGGCUGCGCUGGGGAUGCUGCUCGCCUCUUUUGCUACCUCCUUGACCCACCUAUACCUGAGUAUUGGGUUGCUGUCAGGAUCUGGCUGGGCCUUGACCUUCGCUCCAACCCUGGCCUGCCUGUCCUCUUACUUCUCUCGCCGUCGAUCCCUGGCCACCGGGCUGGCACUGACAGGCGUGGGCCUCUCCUCCUUCGCAUUUGCCCCCCUUUUCCAGUGGCUGCUCAGCCGCUAUGCCUGGCGGGGGUCCCUACUGCUGGUGUCUGCCAUCUCCCUCCACCUGGUGGCCUGUGGUGCUCUCCUCCGGCCACCCUCCCUGGCUGAGGACCCUGCUAUGGGUGGUCCCAGGGCCCAACUCACCUCCCUCCUCCAUCAUGGCCCCUUCCUCCGUUACACUGUUGCCCUCACCCUGAUCAACACUGGCUACUUCAUUCCCUACCUCCACUUGGUGGCCCAUCUCCAGGACCUGGAUUGGGACCCACUGCCUGCUGCCUUCCUACUCUCAGUUGCUGCUAUUUCUGACCUCGUGGGGCGUGUGGCCUCUGGAUGGCUAGGAGACGCAGUCCCAGGGCCCGUGACACGACUCCUGAUGCUCUGGACCACCCUGACUGGGGUGUUACUAGCCCUGUUCCCUAUAGCUCGGGCUCCCACAGCCCUGGUGGCCCUGGCUGUGGCCUACGGCUUCACAUCAGGGGCGCUGGCCCCACUGGCCUUCUCCGUGCUGCCUGAACUAGUAGGGACUAGAAGGAUUUACUGUGGCCUGGGGCUGUUGCAGAUGAUAGAGAGCAUCGGGGGGCUGCUGGGAGCUCCUCUAUCGGGCUAUCUCCGGGAUGUGACAGGCAACUACACGGCUUCUUUUGUGGUGGCUGGAGCCUUCCUUCUUUCAGGGAGUGGAGUUCUUAUCACCCUGCCCCACUUCUGCUUCUCAGCUGCUACUUCCAGGCCCCAGGACCUUGUAACAGAAGCACUGGAUACUAAAGUUCCCCUGCCCAAGGAAGGGCUGGAAGAGGACUGAACUUCACGGAGUCAGGCCCAGAAAGUCAGAGUGUGACAGCUCCAGGUCUUCUGUUGCCAAGUCUUGGCCUCCACACAACCACAGUGCCUUAAGAUCCUUGAUCUGCCUCCCCCCUAGAGCAGGCCUGGGGCUCCUGCAAAGUGUGUGCCAACCCUUUCUUGUAUUUUCUUGAGGACUCUUAUUUCUCCUCUUUUACUCUCCUAACCUUUUCUAAAGGACCCAGAAGUUUUUAAACAUCCAGGAGUCCCUGCUUCACUGGGCUGUGAAUCAACUGUGAAAAUCAAAGGCCAAGAGACUUAUGUUUUGUAUGCCAACUCUAGUGUUGCCUCCUAAGUUUCUUCUCGGAACACUCAUGUUUGGGAAACAAGAAUGUCCCUUUGAGAUAAAAUCAAAUAGGAAAAUUAGAUAAUAAUCACAACUCAAAAUGAGCUGGGGCCCAUA